CUCCUGAGUUGUUUACUUAGCUCCAGAGCUGGUGUGUGGGCGGAGCCUCCUGAAGGUGGGCCUUCCAAAUGUUUACCUGGAGGCUGCUGGUCUGGAUGCUUCCUCUGCUCACCUGGCCGACCACCGCUGCUCCGCCCACGAGGAUCGUAACGGCACGGUGUGGUACCAGGUGGAGCGCAGGGAGGGACGCUGUGGGAACACUCUGGAGACAAACGCCACCCAUGCUGUCUACUCCAACAGCUUAUUCGUUUAUCCAGUAGAUGGGAGGAACGACUCCCAACCCUUCGGCUUUCCCUUCUCCUGUGUCUAUCCUCUGGAGACAGAGAGCAGCCUGGAUGUGGCCAUCAGACCUCUCCCACUAACGGAUCAUAAAGUUGUCAGAGUCGGUGCCAAGGCCAAGGCCUCCAUGUCUCUGUACCGCGACACCAACUACACACAGCCUUACCCAGCUGGUCAGCCAGUCACCCUGAUUGCGGGUUCCUCCCUGUACGUGGGCGUGUCCGUAGAGGAGUCCGAGGCAGAACGUUUUGUUGUUGUUCUGGAAGACUGCUACACCACGGAAUCACCCAGCCCUGAUAAUCUCCCACAGACCUACAUGAUUCAGGACAGGUGUCCUACAAAUCGUACCCAGGUGACCGUGGAGGAAAGUGGCUCGUCCCUCAGGGCUUCGUUCUCUGCUCUACUGCAGGGGGACUACCGUUACAUCUUCCUGCACUGCAGCCUCAGCCUGUGUGACCAGAGGAGCUCCUCCUGCACUCCAGUGUGUUCCAGGAGGAGAUCCCGCUCUGUGUCCAAGUCCAUCCGCCUCAAACCCCUCACCAUCGGGCCAAUCACCUGGGCCCAGAGUCUGGAGUGAGCCUUGGGACCCCCAGCAUAUGAAGGAUUCCAGGGGCCCAGAGUCUGGAGUGAGCCUUGGGACCCCCAGCAUAUGAAGGAUGGGGUCCCUCCUGCACUACUCCCCUGAUCUCCAUCCCAACCUACAGCCCAGUGUAACUUUCAAGGGCACAGAAAUACUCGUUUUGAUUCUAAGUAAUGAAUUGAUGCACUACAGUGUGAUUUCAUUGUACUGCGUAUGUUGUAUACACAUAGACUUGCAUUGUUUUAGGACUGAUCAUUUCCCCAAACCUGAGUUGCUGUGUGUGUAUGCUGUGAUUUGAUGAUGUCAAUAAAUAACUCUGUAUGAUGAUG